AAUUAAAAUUGAGCUAAAUCCAACCUAAUGAACACUCGGGAGAUACCUCCACAAAUAUAAUUCCCUUGGUCGGAAUAUUUGGGAACACUUUCCACAAGAUGUCAAUGGCAACUCAGCUGGCAUGGAAAUCCAAUUCUCUUCUUAGAUUUGCAAGCAAAAGCAUAAGCAGAAGCACAAGUAAUGGCUGUAUUGUGGCCCAUUACAGUCGCAGUUUCUUCUGUAACAAUACAAAUAUGACAACGAUAACAAGCAUGCGCCCAGAAUUCCAACUGUGUUGUUUUACUCACAGCGCUGCUAGUAAUAUAAUUGGAAGCAAAUACUUGGAAUUAACUGACGAGGAACUCAUGAAACAGUGCGUGAUGGACACAUUCAAGGCGUCGGGCCCUGGUGGUCAGCACCGCAACAAGCGCGAGUCCGCCGUCCGCCUCAAACACAUCCCCACCGGUAUUAUUUCUCAGGCUGUUGAGGACCGUUCACAGCACAAGAAUCGUGCUUCAGCUUUAAGACGCCUGCGCACGCUUUUAGCCGUCAGAGUCAGGAACACUCUGGAUCUUGAUGCAUAUUCGCCGCCUCCUGAGCUUCUUCAAAUUCUUCCUCCUAAGUCGACGUUUAGAGGGUCAGAUUGCGGUCCUCAAAUAGGGCCUAACAAUCCUAAGUUUAUUUUGGGAAUGCAAGCGUUGCUGGAUCUAGUAUUUGCUGUUGAGGGUUCUAUAUCAGAUGCAGCAAAAUUUCUGGGGUUAAGCACAGGGGCACUAUCACGGUUGAUAUUAUCUGAUGACUCUCUUCGCAUGGCAGUGAAUGAAUUGAGGACUUCCAAGGCCAUUCCAAUUGCAUAGUUUCCAGCACAAUUCCUCUUUCUUUGUUAUUUCAGUAAGUUCUUUUGGAAUAAAACUUGAAAGGUUUGGGCCCCUUCUUGUCCCUAUCAUAAGUCCAUGAAGUGACGCUCUUCUUUCUGUUGCCUAAUACCAAAUGCAGGCUUUGUAGCUACCAACAGAUGCACGAGUUGAACACACGACACUUAACCCUUUUUUCAGGUAGUAAAUGACAAGUUGGCUAGAUUAGCUUUACAUUUUAAAGCUCGCUUACUAUUACAAAAAAAAAAAAAUGCUGGUAUUAGAGUAGAUGAGAAGACACGUGAGAGUUUCUUAUUGAGAGCAAUAUUUGUUUUUGAUAGCAUCAGGUUGCUUUUUUAGCCCAGAAACACUUGGUUAUUGUGAUCAAAGAAUGAUUUGAUUAGGAUACUUAGAAGCUAUAAAUAUUUCAUAGCAAAUUAGAAACAUGGUGUUGUGGACUUAAAGGAGUCCUAUUUUCUUUGAAUUAUCUUAGAUGUGAACCAUCCCAUGUAGAAUCAAGCAAAGGACAAUAUAUAGAAAGCAAUAGAGAGAAAUUUGCAAAAAAUAACUUGUCAGAUAAAUAUUUUCUAGGGAAUGCAUUUUAUGAGCAAAUGACUUUUGUUGUUUUAUUGCAAUACUAGAAAUCAAUUGGAAAAUAUUUUCUAGUGUUCAAAUUAUAUUGAAAAAUAUUAGUCUUCUUUCAGUAUGUAAAACUAUGAAAAUAUUUGAAUCUACAAAACUUUCAUAAUUUUCUAUUUGUAGUUGAAUAUAAGAGAAAAUUACACAAAUUCUUGUGCUGUGGUACAAAAUUUUAGAGCACCCAUAUUGAACAAAAUAAUCUAACUUGACCUCGGGUUAUCAUCAUAAGAAGUAUAGGAGGGGAAUUGCAACAAUAGAGAAUCAUAAAAAUGAGCAAAUGGCUGGUGCAGAAGUUGGUUCUAUCAAAAUUUGUUUAUCUUUCUUUUUGACAAAUAUUAGCAUAAAACAGAAUCUUGAUGCACAGUAAAAAAAAUAGAAAAACAAUUAUAACAAUGAGAUUUAGAUGCUUUUAUUCUUAUCUGAGAAUGAAAAAGUAUUUAAAUGGCAUAUAUGUGCCUGCAUACUUUAUUCGAACAAGAAAGAAUCAUUUUUGCUUGGACGAAGACUUGCCAUGGAAUUAUUUCUACGUUCCUAGCUUCUAAAAUCCUUCUAUGGCACUUUUCUUUUUAUUUUCUUUUUAACACAUUUAUUGAUUCCUAUCAUUAAGUAACUUUAUGUUGAUGAGGUUUCUGUUGUGAAUUUAUUUGUUGUUUCUUUUGAAAAUAGAGUAUCAGAAAAGGAGAAAAAUUAAAAAAAAAAAUCUAAAAGUCUCUUCAUUUUUUUUUUUUUUUUUUUGUGAUGAAACUUAUGUUUUACACUUUACCUUCUGUGACAUCAUUAUGUAUUUCUUUGACAACCAUCAAGUAUCUGUACAUCAAUGAAUUUUGAUUUCUUUGUGCUGUAAUGCGGUACUCUAUAUGGUGUCAAUUUCUUUUAUGUGCAUUCUAAAUUAUUAUUAGCAUUUACUAUCUACAGUCAUGUUCCCCCUCCCCUCUUCUUUUUUAAGGCAAAAAAGAUGUAAUUUUAUAAAACUU